ACGUUUUCGAGUAUUUCGAGAACACGCGGUCCACCUCCGCGUUCGCAGCCAACGGGGAACCGCGUCGACAGACACCGACGACACGUCGCCGACUCUCGUUCCUCGUUUUCGCCGAAACUCUCGCGAACGGAGGAAUCGCCAGGUGUUCGAAGCUGAAAGUUCAAGUUUCUAUGACGUCGCGAAAGAAAACUCGGCAGAGGUUGACGGAGCUCGUGGAAGACAAGCUCUCGACGGGAUUGCUCUCUCGAGGAUAAAUCGUCGGAAUUGGAGCAGAGAAAAAGCGAGGAAGUUCGUGGUGGAUGUGUGGAAAUAAGUCGAGGGAAGCUCGAGGAAGAGGGUGCGAAGAGCUGAGUUUGGAAUGGUAGGGAAGAAGUUCGAUAAGAUUGGAAGGAGUUCGGAAGGAUGUUCCUUCCGGAGGGAUCGGGGAAGCAAACUGGAAGAAGUAUUUGAAAAGUGGGGGAUAGUUGGAGAGUAAUGUUUGAGAGCGAUCGGAGAAUGGAGAUCGAACGAAUUUGAGGUGAAAGACGACUUGGGAAGUUGGAAGAGAAGAGUUCGACACUAAUCGAGAAUGUCGAGAAGCAGAUUAAGAAAAGGUUGUGGGUGGAAGAUUCGAAGAGUUUGAACCACCGAUGAAUAAUCUUUUGAAGAAAUUAGUUGGAGACUUAAAGGAAGUUUGAUUAAAUUUAAUUGAGAGAGAUUUGUAUAAACAUCUAUAGUCGACACAGUUUCGAAAUAAAAAAUUUCACGAUAUGUUUGAAACAGUCUGAAUCAAAUUUCAAAUAACUAAAAACACAGAGUGAACAUAGUGGAUGUGGUUGGUGUUGGAAUGAGUGAUCAACGCAGUGUUUCUGAACCUUUAGUGUUGAACAGAUUCGGUGCUUCGUUCGGGACAGUUUCUCGCAAAGUCUGUGGGUAAUACUAAAUUCGUUGGGAGCAAAUGAAUAACUCAUUGAUACGGUUAUCUGUUCUUGAGCUUCGACGACCUGGUUUUAAAAAUGUCGAACGAAGAAGGUCGAUUUCGAGUGAUCGAUGCGACCGUUUCAAUUAAACUCGCGUCUUCGUAUUUUGUUCUCUUUGUGCUCUUAUCUCGAGGCAAACUGGAAUAUUCGAUUAUUUUUUUAAAAUUUUGAUACCUGUCGUUAUACUUUCACGAAAGUAUCACCAACGAAUCAAAAUUCUGAAGGAGAAUUAGUCUCGCUAGGCAGGACAUAAGAAAAGCAAUAGCUCUGCUCGGCGACGGUUGUUUCCACGUAAUCAGCGGGUUUCAGCGAGAUAAGAGCUGGAAGGAGAGCGCGUGCCAUGCGUGUCGGACACGGUGAACUCCGAAAUGCCUUCGUUAUGACGCGUGUGCACGGCAUUCCGUGAGGAAGUGGCUGUAAUAAAUCUCAAUCGCGAGACGCAACGGCUGGCCCCGCCAUGUUGAAGAAUUCGACGAAGCAGGCGAGCACAGAGGUUCCCUCGUCGACGAAUCCCGGGCGCGGAAGUCCUUCCGGCGCGGAGACCACCCCGAAACCGAGGAAGAAGCUCUCCUUCAAGGAGCCAGAGAUCCUCAACUAUCUGAGGUCGAAGAGACCGUUCGGGAAAUCGAAACCGCCCCCCUUGCAAUUGACGCGCUCGAACACGAUCGACUUCAGCUUCGAUGAGAACCCCUUCGAGGAGGAGAACGAUGACCUCGAGGAGCUCGAGAGUCAAGCGAUGAGGGUGGUCAGGACGGUAGGACAAGCUUUCGAGGUGUGCCAUAAAUUAAGUAUAAACAACGCCACGGAGGACAGAGGGGAGAAGGAGAGGGAGAGGGACCAUGGGGAGAACCACCGUGACGUUUACGAGGACCAAGACGAAAUACCGAAUGAACAGUCGCAGCCGUCGCCCUCUUCCGUGCACAAAGAUAUAUCGCUCUUAGGUGAGCCGGAUGACUCGGUACCAGAGAAGACAGUCGUGCCAUGUCUUCUCAGGACGCACGAGGUCCCAGUGACAACAGCGUCUACCUCGCCUAUCAGACAGUCGCCAUCGGGCACGGUGACCUCCGAUUGCGGAGGAUUGCUGGUGGGAGGCGAAUUGACGGCUCUCAAGCACGAGAUUCAACUGUUGCGCGAACGAUUGGAGCAACAGAGCCAACAAACCAGAGCCGCCGUUGCCCAUGCGCGACUUCUUCAGGAUCAACUUGCGGCUGAGACAGCAGCUCGCGUCGAAGCUCAGGCCAGGACACAUCAGUUACUGGUGCAGAACAAGGAGCUGCUGGAGCACAUAGGCGCGCUGGUCGGCCACCUUCGCGAGCAAGAACGCAUCUCCAGCGGUCACGUGACCUCUCAGUCGCAGAUGCCUGGCUCGGCAACGAUACAGCAAACGACCACCAUUCCUGACUUGUCGAACCUCGGCCAGUGCCAGCGGACAGGAGGACAGAGUUCGCCAUGGGAACUGGAUCCACCUUCGCCAUAUUGCUCUUAUCCACCAGACUCUCUGUACCCUGGAAGCUUGAACACGCUGGGAAUACAAGGCAAUGGUAGUUCGACGGAUCAGUUGCAGUUCCAAACACAGUUACUAGAAAGGUUGCACAACAUAAGUCCGUAUCAGCCUCAAAGGUCACCGUAUAACACACCAUCUCCGUACGCGAUGGGACCCAGUCUCCUUCUGCCUCCUUGUAGCAGACCCUCUAACUCUGCGCAAUUGUCUCCAAAUUCCAUUUCGCUACGAGUCUCCCAACCGAACAGUUUCUCGUCGUCGCCGAUAAUGACUCAAAAGUCAGACAAUUAUGGGGGGAGUUUAGAGAUGGCGGACUCGAAGACCACGUUCAUAAGACCUUUGCCAUGUUCUGGAGAGAGGAACGUUCACCUGGCCCAGGAGAUAUUGGGUAAACAGGAUCGUAUCAAUGUGCACGACGAAAUCCCGCCAAUCGUGCUGGAUCCCCCGCCUCAGGGUAAACGUUCCGAUGCUAAGGCUAAGCAGGUGACGCUCAAAGAGAACUCGAACAGCCAACCAUCGAACAACAAGAACCCUCAGACACAGAAGAACCUGGCUACCAUCCUGAGGGCACCUGGACCACCUCCGUCGCGCACCACCAGUGCACGUUUGCCAUCCAGAAGUGAUUUGUUGUCCGAAGUGCAAAGGACUACCUGGGCGCGUCACACAACCAAGUGAAGAAUUCCUUACCAUGAUAGAUGUACAAGCCUUUAAAAAAUUAUGAAAAACCUUCGACAUAUCAUCCCUCGGGUAGAACAGUUUUUAUAAAGAAACUCAUCUUCCUGGAAAUUUACAGAGACUUUUAGGAUAUAUUCUUCUCCGGACCAAUGUAACUCUGGACUCUGAGCGGUUAGAGUAGUUGGAUAAUGUUACCAGUCGGUGACUUUGUCUCAGGCAUCGUCAAUUCUGUAGUUACCUCUCCUUGCACGGGAUGUAAAAGUUGGUAACCUUUAAAGAACUCUGUUAAAUGUUUCUUUACGCUCUGUGCAAUGUAGCGAAGAUUUGUUGAAUCUAAUAAUUGUUGACAAUGUGCAAAAGUUCUACCUGAAUAGUGUUAUUGAAGAUUAGGAUUGGAUCUAAUGCGUGCACGUGCGAUUUCUUUCUUGCAAGUAAGCCCAACAGAGUAUCCGCAUAAGAGCUGGAAUGUUAGUCUUUGAAAUAGCACGAAGACAUGUUAGUUUAAGUUCUUGUUUGUAAUUUUCCCAUCGCGAUGACACUGAAACGUUAUUGUAGGUUUCAUCGCUACACGCGUUACUUUGUGAGAUUAUGUUCAGUUUUUUUUUUAAGCCGAUAGAGAAUGUAAGAUGGCAAUAAGACUACGUGUAAGGGUGGAAAACGAAAACUGAUAAUGGUGCAAUUAAUGUAUGAUAUGAAUCUAAUUUUUACUUUAGACUGUCGGACUCGUGCCAAAUAUGUAGAGCUCUCAAAAGAGUUUAUUUUCAAUAAAUCUCGAAGCUAAUAAAAAUGUUGGUGAUCAA